AUGUCUGUGGUAGGUUUGGCCAUGCAGAGAAAACUUGAUUUUUAUGUAGUUAUUUUCAUCAAAUUUUCUCUUUUCAGUUUUGUAAUUUGUGUUUAUGCUCAUAGAAGUAUUCCUCCCUCUGAAGUGAAAAAUUGUUUUCUUUCAGUACUUUUAUACUUUAAUGUUUUUACAUGUAACUAUUUGAUCUAUGUGGGCUUCCCAGGUAGCUCAGUGGUAAAGAAUCCACCUGCCAAGGAAGGAGAUGCAGGUUUGAUCCCUGGGUUGAGAAGAUCUCCUGGAAAAGGAAAUGGCAACCCACUCGAGUAUUCUUGCCUGGAAAAUCCCCUGGACAGAGAAGGCUGGCAGGUCACAGUUCAUGAGGUCCCGCCAAAAGUCAGACAUACUUAG